CUAGAGUUUUCCGUAAACAUGGUGCUCUGGCGAAAACAGAUCUCGAAAUGGAUUGGUUGGUGUAGGUGUUGUAGGCGCAAAGGAAAGAAAAAGGUAAAGGAGGGAGUGCGUCAGACGGAAAAUGAAUUGUGGCUGGAGUACUUCGGCCCAUAUCUGCACAUCUGGCCAUUUUACGAGCUCUGCGCCAGAUUGGAGACGAAUGUCCCUCAGGGUCUAACCGCCGAGGUGGCGGCCAAAAAGCUAGCACGGAAUGGCAAGAAUGUCCUGCCGCUUCCCCUUCAACAGGAUGUGCGGUAUUGGAAAUUCCUAAAGGACUGCUUCAGCAUCUUGGGCAUCUUCACUCUGCUGUGUUCCCUGGCCUGUUUUACCAUAUACUUUGUAUAUGAAACCCACUACAAUCAGAAAGAAAAAACCGAUCCGGAGUUUCUAAUAGUCGGAAUGUUUCUGUUCUUCAGUUUCCUUCUCGCAGGACUCGUGAUACAUUUGCAAAGCGACGAUAACGAGGAGAUGGUCGUGGCCUUCGAUGAGCUGAUGCCCAUGUACUGCACUGUGAUCCGGGAUGGCGAAAAGGAAAUCAUCCUCACCCAGGACGUGGUCAUUGGUGACAUAGUGCCAAUCAGCUAUGGACAGCGACUCCCUGCCGAUCUCCGAAUCUUCAGCUCCUCGGGUCUGGAGGUGAACAAUGUGGCCCUGACUGGAUACUCAAAGCCCGUGAUUGUCACUCCAUUGUCGAAUGAGGGACGGCAGCGAUUCUCCCGAAUUGAAUACCUUCAGGACCUAUAA